AUGGAGGACAUACAAAUGACCGAUGAUGCGCCCAACCUCGCUCUCGAGACCCCCAUCUCCGACGUCUUCGUCCCUCCCUCGAUCCACCGAGACGAACUCCUCUGUGGCGACUCCUACGAGCACUACUCGCCCGUACCGCCGUCCCUGCUUGCCUCCAACCCCGACACCCCAGGCGAGCCGUGCUGUCUGGGCGUCGACGAGGCCGGCCGCGGCCCGGUGCUGGGCCCCAUGGUCUACGGCGUCUUCUACCUGCCCCUGCCGCUGUCGGACCCGCUGCUCAAGACGACGCACCACUUUGACGACUCCAAGGUCCUGACGCCGGCGGUGCGGUCGGACCUGAUGCAGACCCUGUGCACGUCCGGGUCGGACCUGCACACGUCGUGCGGCUGGGCCACGAGCUCGCUGUCGGCGCGCGACAUUGGCGCCGGCAUGCUGCGGCCCGGCGCCGCCAUGUACAACCUCAACGCCCAGGCCAUGGACGCCACCAUUUCCCUCAUCCGCGGCGUCCUGGCCCGCGGCGUCAAUGUCCGCGAAAUCUACGUCGACACCAUUGGCCAGCCCGCCGUCUAUCAAAAGAAGCUCGAGCGCGUCUUCCCCACCACCAAGAUCACCGUCGCCAAAAAGGCCGACUCGCUGUACCCCAGCGUCAGUGCCGCCUCCGUCUGCGCCAAGGUCACGAGGGACGCCUCGCUCGAGGUCCUCUAUGAAGUUCAUGGUGCGGACAGUGCCCAAGAGGACAAGGAGGAUGUCGAAGAGGAUGCCAAGGUUUCUACGAGCAAAAAGGCCAAAAAGGACGAAGGCAUGGCAUGGGGAUCCGGCUAUCCUUCCGAUGCGCGCUGCGUUGGCUGGCUACGGACGAAUAUGCAUCCCGUCUUUGGUUGGGGUCCUGAGUGCAGAUUCAGCUGGGGCACUGCAAAAGACAUGCUUGACAGCAAGGGCGGCGUCAAAAUCGAGUGGCCAGUGGAUGAGGAAGAAGGUACAAGUCGCAUGACCGAUUUCUUUGUAGAAAGCGACUCAAAAGACAAUGAUGCCGAUGAGCUGGGUACAUGGUUCGGAACACCCGUCGGUCAGGAAGCCUUCUGA